UAAAGAAAAGUUGCAAGGGGUGUUUGACGUACGGUGAAGGUCCGGGCAUCUGGAGAGUCCCGCGCAAGGGGUGUCUCCGUGUCGUCCGAGCGCUCGAGCGAGCGAAAGAGAGAAGAAGAACUCCCCCGAUCUCAGAUGCCCUAGAAGCCAAUCCUCGCUCCCCACGCUGCGACCAUGGAAGAGGACAAGGGCGGCGCCGCGACCGCCGGCGUUAGGGCUUCCUCCUCCUCCUCCUCCCCCCUCCCCUCCGCCCCGGCGCCCCUCGCCUCCUCCUCCAACCCCCCAAAGCAGGCGCCGCCGCCGCCGCCGCCUCCGGAAUCAGCCAGCCAGCGGCUGCGGUUCACGGUGGAGCUGCGGCCCGGGGAGACCACCAUCGUCUCCUGGAAGAGACUGGUCAGGGAUUCCAGCAAGGGGAGGAAUGUUUUCCCUCCUCCUAGUGGGGCCGAACCGGCCUUCGGAACCCACGCCGGACCGGCUGCUGCGACCGUGGAAGAUGAGCUAAAAGAUGCAGUAGCACCUCCAAAUCGAUUUAGUGCAGUUAUUGAGAAGAUUGAACGCCUGUACAUGGGCAAACAAAGCAGUGAUGAGGAGGAUCUUGAUGAGGCUCCUGAUGAUGAUCAAUAUGACACUGAGGAUUCUUUCAUUGAUGAUGCCGAGUUGGAUGAAUAUUUUCAAGUUGACAAAUUGAGAACCAAAUAUGAUGGAUAUUUUGUCAAUAAAGGGAAGUUAGAACAUGUUGAGCCUAUGGCAUCAUUUAAUGUGGCACCAAAGAAAAGGAGAAGAAAAGAUUCAACAAAAGUUUACAGGAAAAGGGAUCAUCAACAUGGUCCCAAUGAAUCUGUAAAGAUGGGUAAUAUGCGAAUCAAGGCUGCAGCAAGGAAUGCACCGUUGGUGGGGAAGAAAUUAUCAAGCACUGCUGAUGUUCUGGCUCUUCCAUAUUUCGAACAUUAUUAUGAGGAAAGUAAACCUGUAAAAAAAAUAUUAAAUGCCCCUGCAGGAGCCUACAAAAAAAGGUCUUCUGAUCUCACCUUGCAUUUGGAAAAUCCUCCAUCUGUGAAAGUACCAAAUAAGGAUGUCCCAUCAUUACCCUUGGAAUCAAAGGAUUUUGAUAAACAUAAAGCUGUUGUGAUACCAUCUGAUGACCUUGUUCAUAAAUCAAGAGGAACGGGCAACUCUUUGGAUCCCAUGUAUCAGGCAUCUCAGGACAAAGGUGUUUCUUCUCAGGUUGAAUUUCAAUCUAGGAGAUUGCUGAAUGGUGAGAUUGAAGAAUUAUCAGCUAAAAUACGGCGCAAGGAGAAACAUGGAACUUGUGAAUUUCCUAUGCAAGCAGUGCAACCAACAUUCAGAAGGGUGAAAGAAGGCUCCACUGUUAGACCGAAAGGGACAACACUUGAACGAGCCAUUCGAGACCUGGAAAAGAUAGUUGCAGUGUCCAGACCACCAAGUAUUGAUGUUCAGGAAAUGGAUCCUUCAUCUCAAGGAGUUAAAAGGAGGCUUCCUCAGGAAGUAAAACAGAAGCUUGCUAAAGUUGCAAGAUUAUCGGCAAGCCAAGGUAAAGUUUCAGAAGAUGAUUUAAUUGAUCGUCUUAUGGGGAUUCUUGGUCACUUGGUGCAACGGAAAACAUUGAAGAGGAACAUGAAGGAGAUGGUUGAAUUAGGUCUUUCGGCAAAACAACAGAAAGCUGAUAGAUUCCAACAAGUUAAAAAAGAAGUUCAUGAAAUGAUCAGAGCACGUGUCUCAAACAUGAAAUCUAAGGAUGCUUCAGCUGAUGAUUUCCAGGAAGUUAUCAAUAAUGAUGAAAGAAGAGCUCUAAAAGGAAAAUAUAGCAUGGAUUCUGCACUGGAAGACAAGAUCUGUGAUCUCUAUGAUUUAUAUGUUGAGGGGAUGGAUGAAGAUAAGGGCCCUCAAAGCAGGAAGCUAUAUGUUGAGCUCGCAGAGUUGUGGCCCCAUGGUUAUAUGGAUAAUGUUGGAAUUAAAGAUGCUAUAUACAGAUCGAAGGAGCGAAAGAGGGUGUUAUACAGGCCGCAUAAGGUUCGUGAUGAGGAGAGGAUCAAGAGGAAAAAGUUGGCUGCGGCAGUUAGGGUAGAGACUAAUCCAGCUGCUCAAGUAUGGGCUGGACAGGAGAGACCAGUUACUGAUUCUAUUGGAGCAGUUCUCAUUUCUGCGGGCAAGUUGGUAUCCAAUCCACCGCCUGCUUUAUUAGGCAGAAUUACUGAUCCUACUCCACCUUCAAGUGAUUCUGGACAGCAGCAUGGAUUGAAAAAUCCUGACAAGGUUAGAGGAGGUAGCAUGAGCAUGAUCCUUGAGGAUGGCAGCAAAGCUGUUGUUGAUAUGAAAAAAAAGAUGAAGAGGAAGUCAGAAUCAGAGUUGGGGUACAUCCAUGUUCAUCCACGUAAAGUUCCUUCGCAGCAUACCAAGGAAAGCCACAAAUCUCAAAAGCUUACAGAUGACACAAAUGUUAGUCAGCAGCCUAAACCGGUUAUCCCACUACCUGGAGUUCCAGGUUCUGACCAUGCAAGCUGAUUCUGAUUCAUCAUAGCAUUACAGAAUUACAUGUUAAUUAUGAGUUAGUUGUUUUCUUUUGUUUUGCACCCACGAUCAUCAAACAGAAAGAUGGUCUUCAUGUUCCCCUUCCAGCCAGUUCUUUUCUGAGCAAUCAUUUAAUGUAAUGCCGAUUGCCUUCCCAAUAUUAACAUGAGACCUAUGGGCUUCUUUAUUUUGCUU